AUGAGUUUCCUUGUCCUCCCAAAGGUUACGGUGGAUUUACCUACGGCAAGGGUGGAUACUCAAGGAUGGUCGAUGCACAAUGGGAUAAAACUGGCAGAUCCCACCUUUUUCAGUCCAAGUUCAGUGGACAUGGUACUGGGUAUCGAAUCCUUUUUCGACUUCUUUGAGUCUGGUCAAAGAAUUCCACUCGGAGACCAAUUGCCAACAUUAAACGAAUCGGUGUUCGGGUGGGUGGUCUGCGGAGGCCUGCUAAACCCCACACAAGGCCUACGCAUCAACUGUAGUACGGCAAUUACAAAGGUGUUAGAGGAGCUAGUCGCACGGUUUUGGGCUAGUGAAAAAGUUGGAAAUUCCAAGGUCCUUUCAUCGGAGGAAAAAUUGUGCGAGGACAACUUUCGGAAGCCGGUUCGUAGGGAAUCCGACGGGCGGUACUCCAUUUCGCUGCCAAAGGAUGAAGACGCAGCUUCCAGGUUGGGCGAGUCACGUGGGAUUCAAGGGACGGAACGCAGAUUGGCGAAGGAUGCCAGUUUGCGGGCGCAAUACCAUCAGUUCAUGGCGGAGUACAUCCAAUUGGGACAUAUGUCGAAGGUAGAGGAAGCAGGAAAUCUCAUGAAACGAUGCUAUCUGCCGCAUCAUCCUGUCUUUAAGGAAGCUAGCACAACUACAAUGGUCCGUAUUGUGUUUGACGCAUCGUGUAAGACAUCAUCCGGUGUCUCGCUUAACGACACGCUUCUAGUAGGACCGAUUGUACAGGAGGACUUACGAUCGAUCAUGCUCCGAAGUCGAGUUGUUACCGUAUAG